AUGCCCUUCCUGCCCGAGGCCUGGACCAAGAGGUGCUGCGCCCGCAACCAGUCCACCAACAACGAGAAACCCACGAUCACCGCCAGAGUUGCACAGGUCUACCGCGAGAAGAAUGCCUCCGGUGACACACCCGCGAACAGCCUUGCCACGAGCUCAGCGACCAGGCGCCUUCCCCAAGCGCUCAUUAUAGGCGUGAAGAAGGGCGGGACACGCGCGCUGCUCGAGUUCCUGCGACUUCAUCCGGAUAUUCGGGCAGCAGGAUCCGAGCCCCACUUCUUCGACAGACAUUACGACCGGGGAUUAGAUUGGUACAUGAGCCUAAUGCCCAAGGCCCUGGAGGGGCAGAUUGUCAUGGAGAAGACACCCAGGUACUUUGUGUCAGUGGACAGCCCUGCCCGAGUCCACGCCAUGUCUCACAAGGUCAAGCUCAUCAUUGUGGUGCGUGACCCCAUCACUCGUGCCAUCUCCGAUUAUGCCCAGAUUGUGUCCAAAACGCCUGGAGUGGCCAGCUUCGAGACCCUGUGCUUCCGGAACGGGAGUGGAGGUGGCAGCGUGGAGGUGAACUCCCAGUGGAGUCCCCUGUGGAUUGGCCUGUACGCCCGGCACCUGGAGCGCUGGCUCACCUACUUCCCCCUGGCCCAGAUGCACGUUGUGCAUGGCGAACGCCUGGUGAGGGACCCUGCGGGGGAGAUGGCACGCGUGCAGGACUUCCUCGGAUUGGAGAGGAUCAUCACCGACAAGCACUUCUACUUCAACCAGACCAAAGGCUUUCCGUGCCUGAAGAAACCCGAGGGAAGCAGCCAGCCACACUGCCUGGGCCUAACCAAGGGCAGAGCUCACCCCCAGGUCCAGGAAGAGGUCAUCAGGAGACUCAAGGACUUCUAUCGGCCCCAUAACCUCAGGUUCUAUGAGCUGGUGGGCCAAAACUUUGGUUGGCAGUGAGAGGUCAUUUGUCUAAAAGCAACACUGAUAUGCAGAUGGACUGGUAUAGAGGUCACAGGUAUACUAGUCACAAUUUUUGCUUUAUGUUUUGAUGCUUGAUGGCCAACAGGUUUACAAGUGUGAGUGUGAGAGUCGGGGUCUAGGUGAUGUGUCAGUGAAACAAAAACGAAUAAGACUAAUCAACCCAUUCUUUAAUGUAAUGAAUACAUAACCUUCAUAUUCAAUGAAUUUGUUACGCAAUAGGCAUUGGUACUGUACAUAUUUUUGUAAUAGUUAGGUGAAU